AGGCCGACCACAUCAACGAGAGCCGCAAGCUCAAUCGCGUUGCCCCCGAGCGCUUCGAGGAGGAAGAUCACAGGGGCUACGACAUCAUCGACAAUAGGUCCUUCGGCAACCUCGCCUACAAGGAGAAACCGCGCUACGAAGCGUACUGCAGGCGGAGGAUCUCGCCGUGGGAGCAGGCCAUGCAGGGGCGCUCGGACGACCGCCUCGCCACGUCGAGCAGCGCGGGGCAGCUGAAGCCCGCAGCGCCCUCUGCCCGCAGCGCCCCAGCGGCCCCCCCCACGGCGGCCAGCGGCUCCCCGCCGUCGCGGAGGUCCGCGCCGCUGGCGCGCUCGGCCUCCACGCCUGCAGUGCGGCCCACGCCGCCGCCCGGGCGGACGCCGCCGCCCGGGCGCACGCUGCCCCUGGCGGCCCCGCCAGCCCCGGCGAUCCCCGGCACCCCUUUGGGCUC